AAGAAAAAAAACAAGCCCAACAUGGUUCUACCAAACUGCUAGCUGGUCAGGAAACGUCUUUCUACCCACCAGAUGACCGUCACUCAUCUGUUCCUGUGUCAGUCAUCAGUUGAGCCACCAGGCGGCGCUCCGUCCUCAACCAGCAGUUCAGUUAAACUUUGCGCUGAGUUCAGGAAGGAUCUAAUCUGUCGCCUUCAGUCGGACCAACUUAUAAACGCUCUUUAGUCAGACAACCUAAUUAACACCCUGACACAGAAACUGGAGGCUGGACUUCCACGUUCCUCCUGGAGGGAGACACUCCCUCAGAGCCAGAGGAGGAGAUCUUCAGCCGGCUGCUGGAUGAUGCAGAGAGGAGAGAAGCUGCUGACGCCUGGAUCCUCCAUCAGAGACUCACACAGCCAAACGCUGCUGAUCCCCAGUGGUCCGGUCACCAUGCCAACUGCUGCGAUCCUCACGGUAACCAGGAGUCCUCGGAGGAGCUGAAGUGUAUUUACGUCCCUGGUAGUAAAGAGGAUCCAACAGGAGGCAGAGAUGCUCGUCCGGUGGAUUCUCCUGCUGGUUUCCAUUCCUCUGGUGACGACUGGACUUGCUGCUGGAUGUGUUUGUCCAGCUGCCACCGUUUGGUCCCAGUUUCCCUCGGAGGUUCCAGCUGAUGUCUGUUGCCUGAACUUCUCCGGCUCUGCCUUCAGUCGUGUGCUCUGGUCUGUGUUUACCAAUGAAACCAGCGUGGAGACUCUGGACCUCUCCAACUGUAACAUCAGCUCCAUUGACAGGAACGACAAAGUGACGUCCUCACUGAAGAAAGUUUUAUUGGGUCAGAAUAGACUAACUGAGCUGCCCAGAGAGUUUCUGGCCAAUCAGCCCGGCCUGGUGGAGGUGGAUCUGAGCUGGAAUCUGCUGGAGGAGCUUCCUGAAGGCUUCCUUCAGGACUCUGAAGGCCUCCAGAAGUUGAACCUGCAGGGGAACCAGCUGCGCUUCCUCCCUGGUUCUAUCCUGCAGAAGCCCAGACUUCAGAGGCUGGAGCUAGAUGGGAACUGCUGGGAUUGUUCCUGUUUGCUACUGGGAGGCCUGGAGGCAGGUGAGAAGGCCAACAGGACCACCCGGCUGCAGGAUCUGGUGGAGAACCUGACCUGCUCCUCUCCCAGACACCUGGCCGGCAGGACCGUGUGGUCAGUGAGGCUCAGCGACGUUUGCCGCCCGGCCGGCCUCACAGCGCUCUUCAUCAUCCUCCCCCUCCUCAUCCUCUCCGCCUUGCUGCUCUGCUGGUGCUGUGGGAGGAAGCGGAAGAAGAAAGAAGCUCCUGUGUUCAACAUCUCUAAGAAAAGCACUCCCAGCUCCAGCUGCAACGGACAGAAACAUCCCCGCAACAAGCAGCAGCCGUCGGUUACUGAACCGAGCAAAGACAAAGAGGGAAUCCUGAAGAACCAGCUGCUGCUCCGUCCGGCCUCCACCCUGCUGGGCAGCACCAGGGACAUCUAUGAAGAAGUGGAGAUCAAACUGGGAUCAGUGGAGUCUCUUCCCGGAGUCUCCUCACGCUGUUCCAGCUCCCAGGAGCCUGAUGGAGCCAGUAAGACGGAGCUGGACACCGUCAGUGUGACGGAAGUGAUGAAAGACUCAGCAGACAGAGAGAAAGCUUACAUGACUCAGUCCACCGAGUACUACAGCCUGGUACCGGGGAUCGAACUGGAGGACUCGGACCACGGAGACUACGAGAACGUCGACCUCUCAUGACGUCAUCUCAAAGGAAUGGUUCAACAUUUUGGGAAUUCUCUUUUUGUUUUAUUGGUGUAAAACCAUCAGGAUGACAGAGGAAGUCUUAAAACUCUCUUCCAGAGAUGCUACAGGUUUCUGUCUUUGUGUUUUUGUCUGUACAUAAGAACCCCACAGUCCCGUUUGAUUCAGCCAUUGAUCAGCUGUUAUUUAACCCUCCCGUUGUCCUCAUUUACAGGCACCAAAAAAUAUUGUUUCCUUGUCUGAAAAAAAUUUAAAAACCUGCAAAACAAAUUCCCCAAAUUUCUGAAAAUUUUGCAAAACCUUCAGGAAGAAAAUUCCAAUUAUUCCUUAGAAGUUUCCCUUAAAAUCUUUGUUUUAAAAAAAAAUCCCCCAGAUUUGGCAAGAAAAUUCUUAAAAAAAUGAGUAAAAAUCUUCAAAAAAAAAUACUAAAAAUAUCUAAAGUGAUUACAUAUAUAUCAGUAAAAUGUUUAAUAUUUUCUUUAAGAACAUUCACAUCAAAAUCGAUAUGAAUGUUCUUAAGAAACAUUUUAAACAUUUCUUUGUUCCCACCAAAAAAUGUUUAAAAAUUUCUCAAAAAUGUUGAAAAUUUGGACAUCAGAAGUUUCAUUGUGAAAAUAUAACCAUGAGACCUUUAUCAGUGUAUUUCUGGGCAAAAAACGACAAAGUGCAUUUCCCAAAAUGUUCAAAAUGUUGUUUUUUUGCGCUAAAGAGAGACAGUGUGAAAAUACAGGUUAUCUCCUGACAGACGGUGCUGCCCGACCUCUGUAGCAUCAGAAUGCAGAGGAAGUGAUUCAAUCCGAGGCUUUUCCUUCGGGACCUGAGGAACGCAGCGACGGUUUGAAAGGGAGGCCAGCUUUUCUCUCUCUGGAAGAAAAAAAAAUGCAAAAACCCAAAUACAUUUGUUCUAUUUAAUGCCAAACAAAAGACAGGACAUAUUUUUAGUUGAUGUGAAGUGAAGCAGGUCUUUGUAUGUCCAGGUGUUCACCUCACCCACGUGUAAUUAUUAAAAGCAUUCCAGUUUGACUUGUUGCUCAUUACGCUGCAUUCACGAUAUUUCCUGAUGAAGCUGCACGACCAGAAAUAUAGGUGCUGAACAGUGACUAAUCCCACCGCAAUGCUCACGCUUAAUUCAAAGUGAAAUGUGGAAUGUAAAGCUCAGGUGAGAAGUCUAAAUCUGUCAUGCAUUGUUAAUGAAGGAUAGAAACUCCAAAAUGUGCACGUCGGUUGGAAACUGCCGGGUCUAAAUGCUGGUUUAAGAUAAAAAAUCUCAGUAAAACGACAGAGGAGACCUGCACAAAAGACAACGCUGUCAUUGUAAAGGCGCAGACGCUCGAUUGUUAUCUAAGAUGUGGAAAACAGACGGUCGAAUCACACCCACACUGCUGGCUUUCAGAGUCAAUUGGUUUGUGAGAGCGACGAGGGUGCAGCGAAGGGUGUGGAGCUUCCUGGAAUUGAAAAAACUGAGGUGUAUUUUCCAGACGGGUUUCUCACAUAUUUCCCACCGCAGCUUUAUUUAUCGACAUUGUGAGGAUCGCUGCUUUCCAAAUGCCACAAGCUCCUCAGCCAAGAGACAAACAAACAAAUGUGUGAAUGUUGCAUUCUGUACAGAAAAAUGGCUUUUAGUUGUAAAUAUGGUUUUGUUUUUAGUUUAUUUUUGGUUAAUUUUAGCAACCUGGGGAAAAAAUAUUCCAGCAUUGUUGCUUCUAUGCCUUCCAUUCCUUAUAAUGGCCUUAUUGUAAUGGUUUAUAGUAAUUUUAAAAAAAAAAUAGAGGUUCACAAAAUUACACUGGUAUUUUUAUAUUUCUGUUUGGAUUUUCUAGAUCUUGCUGGCUGAAAUGACAACUUCCUGGCAGGUAUUAUCAGAGUGGUAGCCAGCAAAUUAUGUUGUGUUUGGUGAAAACACCAUCAACAAAUGACUUUUUAGAGAGUCUCUCUCUUGGACUCAGUAUAUUCAAUUUUGACAUUGGCCGAAAAAACAAUAAGUUCUGUAUGUUUCUAAUUAUACCUUUGAAAGAAAUCUACUUUACAAGAUCUGGACUGAGUUUGAUAAGCUAAGAUGUCACAUUUAGCUUGGUUUGCUGGAGUGGAGGUUAGCUUAAACUCUGAUAGCAUCCAGGACCUGCUACUCAGCGCUAAAAUGCUAUAUUUAAAAUAGAGUUCAAAUGGGCUUUUAACAUACAAUCUGCGAUCCCACAAACUGCCAUAGUUAGUUACUAAUAAGCGUUUUGCUUUCCUGAACUAAAGCUACUACUUACUGCUAGCUAGCUGGGCAUGCUAAUGCUUAGCUAACAGUCAAUGAAAACCUUACACAUUGCGGCUAUUUGAAAACCUUAUUUAGUGUUUAUUAGACUCUGUAUUUCUAUUUGACCACUUUUCAGCCAGUUCAGUCUCCCUGAAGCUCAAAAAGUGGGUUUGAAGCAGCAUUUAUGCAUUCAUGUUAGAAAAUAAACUUCAACAAAAGAACACCAGCUGAACAAGAUGCAAAACAUACACCACUACUUUCAUAUUUUUUUUGUGAAGUUUGAAUUAAAAUUGGGUCUCGUGAACUGUUUGAUGGAACAGUUUCUUCCUCUAAAUGCUAAAAACUACUUUAUUAAUGAUUCUUUGGCAACUGAAUGGGAAUACUGAUAUCAUACAAUUAAAGCACUGAUUUUUGUCCUUAUGUGUAAACUGGAAGAUGCACUACCUUGAUUGUUUUGUAUGCAUAAGAUUGUUGUAAGAAAAAUAAACCCUUUUUAAAUACGA